AACGUGUUUUGACGGAUAAGUAGUGGUCAUGUCUCGUUGCUUCCCAUUUCCACCUCCAGGAUAUGACAAGAAGAUUACAACCGAGGCAUCAGACUCUCUACUAAAGGAAAAGCACAAGGAGAAGAAGCACAAGAAGGAUAAAGAAAAGAAAGAAGGAAAGGAGAAAAAGGAUAAAGAAAAAAGCAAAGAUAAACGUAAGGAACGGAAGGAGAAAAAAGAGAAACAUAAAGAUAGGAAAGACAAAGAUCCAGAUAAAGAAAAGAGUAGAACUUCGGAGGACAAAAAAACUGCUGUUGCUUUGCCGAACACCGGGGACAGAGAAAAACUUGUAACAAAUACCUUGCAGAAUAAUGGUAACGGAGAGUCUAAGUUUAUACAGGACCUGGCAAGAAGGAUCAGAAAUGAAGAAGCUACAGAAAGUCAAAGUACACGAAAGAUUGAUUUUCCUUGUGGAGUUACAGAGACUAACAAUUCCUGCCCAGUUCCUCAAACCAAUCAUACGAAAGUUGACGAAAAGAGAAACAGUACCCAUAGAAACUCUGCUAUUUCAAAAGGGUUUGAAAGUGCGGUUCUCCGAGUAUCAUCUUGCAUGGAUCGGAAAGGAGCUGAGGUUAAAGUUAAACCAGUGGAGAAAAAUGAUCAGGCAAAGAAAAGGGAACUACAAGAGAAGAAUCACCGCAGGGAAAGUGUGACAAAGAGUGAUAAGCCAUUGGAUAAUGAAGGGAUAAAGAAAAGUGAACCAAAAAACAUAACAAAUGGAAGUGGUAAAGAGAAGAACGAGGAGAAAACUGAGGUGAUAAAGAAAAAUGUUCUGGAGAAACUAAAGUUUGUAGAGGGAGGACCCAGAUUAAAAGAGAGAGAACAAGACGUUGUGGGUACUAGGGAUUUUAGAGAGCAGGAGUUUUCAAGGGCGGGCGUCAAGAACCUUACUGCUGAGGGAAUUCUUGGCAAACGAAAGGAUCUUGAGACAAAUGGAUUCUUGUAUGAGAAUGGAUCUAGGAAAAACAAGAUACAUAAGCCAGUUGUUUCUCCUAUAUCAUCCGUGGAAAACGGAAGAAAGUUUGGAGCAUGCCAAACACAUCCAAAGCUUGCUUCUGAGUUGCACGAAUCAGUGUCUAAUCCAGAGGUUAAAGAGCACAAGAUUAAUGGAUUCAUUUAUUCUCAAGAACCCAAAAGCCAUCCACCGGUUUCUGCAGUGAAAGUUAAAAAAACCGAUGAAGCAUCUGCAAAGAAGCGGCCUCAUUCAGACUUAAAGUAUUUGGAUCAGAUUUUGAAUGUACCAAAAAGGGAGGAAUUGCAUGAGGUUGAUGAUGUUGAACAAGAAUGGCUAUUUGGUCAGUCAGGUAAAUUAUUAAAAAAGCAAAGAGCAGAUUCUGAUACUUCACUGGUAGAGAAUCCGCAAGUUUGGAACCAGGCUCUUAGAAUAGAAUCUGCUGAUAUUGUAGCUCUUCCCUACGUUGUUCCAUUCUAGAUUUGACUAGUGGUGUUCAUUGAUUUCAACACGAGAAAGGUCCACCCUCAGAUCACAUUGUUGUGACUCUUUGCUCGGUUAAGCAUCCCAAUGAUGGUUGAUGCACAAUUGGAAUGGGACAUGUUGCGGUAUGACUGGUUUGACUUCAUGAGAUGAGAAAGGCUUCCCUAGUAGAACAAUUCAAGUUAGUAAGGGCUGUGUAGGUUUUAGAGUAAAAUCUUUUCGAGAGU